AUGCCGACUACGAUGCCGGCGAAACGUCUGGGAAAGUACGACGUCCACGAUCCAACUUUGGAAAUAAUCAUGCAGACAAUGGACUCCGGACUAGGUAAGUUCCUCAUAGUCUUCCUACCAAUGUGA